AUGUUAAGCCCGUUGACCAAGCUUCCUAACAAUGCCAAGGUUGCGGUAAUAGGUAGUGGUGUAUCCGGUCUUAUGUUCACUUAUUACUUAGGUAAACUAAGGCCCGAUGUGACAAUAAAUAUCUUUGAAUCUGCAAAGAGAUCAGGAGGCUGGAUAAACUCAUGGCAAACAACGGAUCAGAAUGGCAAGCCAAUAAUGCUGGAAAGGGGUCCACGUACCCUUAGAGGUGUGUCUGAUGGUACUGUCCUUAUAAUGGAUACUUUAAAGGAUUUGAAUCAACAAAACAUAAUAAAGUGCGUAGAAAAGAAUUCCGAAGCCAACAGGAAAUUUUUGUUGGAUACGAACAACAAAUUAGUUCAAGUUCCCUCAUCUAUUGUCAGCUUUGCAAAAUUUAUGAUCAAUCCGUUAAGUAAAGGUCUCUUCACUGGAAUGCUAGGUGAAUGGUUUAGAAAACCCUCUCCAUCAAUAAAGAAUGAUGAAAGUGUUGCCUCAUUCAUUGGUAGAAGAUUCGGUAACGACUAUAUAGGUAAGAAUAUUUUGAGUGCAAUAUUCCAUGGAAUAUAUGCAGAUGAUAUCAAUGAGUUGAGUGCUAAAAGAACUCUUAGAGACCUUUAUGCGUUAGAAGAGAAAUAUGGUUCAAUAUUUAAAGGCAGCUGGGAAACGGCGCAAGAAGGAAAGAAGAACAAAACUACAGGAAUCACGAAAUCUGAUCUUAGUGCGUGUUUAAAAGAAUAUCAGCAAGUCUUUGGUAAAAAAGAAUCUGAUUUAAUCGGUUUAUCCAACAACUUGAAAAAAUACCCUAUGUUGGGUUUAAAAGGUGGCCUUGAGGAAUUUCCCAAAAUUGUAAGAAAAGCCCUUGAAAAACUGCCUAACGUGAACAUCAUACUUGGUAAAGACGCCACCAAGAUUGUAUACGAAAAGUCUAAUGACACUGUUUCAAUUUCUCUGGGGUCCGGCGAGGUUGCCAAUGGAUUCAACCAUUGCAGAAUCACAACGAAUCCUUCAAAGAUGUCACUUCUGGUAAAAUCAGCAAACGAAAAACUUUCUCAAGAUUUGGAUACCGUCAAGUCGAACACAGUUCUUCUGGUGAACUAUUAUUUGCCCGGUAGAGACAUUAUUGAGAAGAAUCUCCAUGGGUUUGGAUAUCUCGUUCCCAAGUCGAACAACAAUCCACAGAAGUUACUCGGCGUGAUUUUUGAUUCCAUAAUUGAAAAAAACUUCAAACCAUUUGAAGGCACCUACUCGCAUCCAAAUAGUGGUCCCGUGCAGGAAUACACAAAGCUGACCGCUAUGUUAGGCGGACAUUUUUUGAAUCAGUGGAGCGAAUGCACAACUCCAUCGAAGGAUAUCGUUAUCAAGGCCGUCAAAGAGGCCUUAAUGUCCCAUCUCUCAGUAUCUGAAAAGGAUCUUGACGCCGGUCUGUGGCAAUACACAGUGGCAGAAAGGUGCCUACCGCACUUUUUUGUCGGAUACGACGCCUGGCAAUCCAGUACCGAGCAAGAACUCCUCAACACAUAUGCCGCCAAAGUGUCAACCGGCGGAAUGGGCUUUUCUAAAGGUCCAGGAGUUCCUGAUGUCAUUGUUGACUCAUUUCAGGACGCAAUGAAGCUCAAAUAA